AUCUUCACGUGCUUGCUUUCUGUACACUCUUAUUUGUUCUCUUCCUCAUCUUCAAAUCUGCAAACCUUAUCCGAUUUCUGCCUUCUGGGUCGUUAAAAAGAGAUAACUAUCACACCCAUCAGUAGUUAAAGUCGUUCGUUGCCAACCGACAGAGAAACCUAACACAGCAGUAACGACCUAACCAGUUAGCUAUGGAUCAGAACAAGAAGCAAGUCGGUGCCCCAAGCCAUAGCCAUGGCUCUUCUUCUUCUUCUUCUUCUUCUUCUUCAACAACCACGAACCUUGACCAUCUCUUUGGUCCUAGGGACUCGUCGACGUCUUCAGCUUCUUCAUCUCUGUUCAGCACUAUUUUCCCACCACCCUCAUCCACGGGACCAGGGAGAGAUAGAAUUUCUGGUAAUGCUACUCGAGGCAGCAGCAAGAGUUCUGUGUAUCAGAAUAACGAAGGUACGGAUCCGCCUUGCAACUUUAACUCGUCAAUCUACUACGGCGGCCAAGAAAACUAUAAUGUACCGAAAAGUGGGAGUACAUACGAAUCCAAGAAUCACCAGCAUAACUUUAAGAAAGAUGGGGGUGAUGAUGACGAAUCGAGUGGAAGUAAUUCAAACAGUACUUCAAGAGGAAACUGGUGGAAGGGGUCACUUUAUUACUAAAUUCUUCUGCACGUACUAUUUGAACUCACCACCCUAUGGAAGAGGUGUGUGUCGCUCUAUGAGACUAUCCAAUCUACCUUAGUUGAGUUCAGCCAAAAAAAAAAAAAAAAAAAAAAUACUACCUUAGUUGACGCUAUGGAAAUA